AUGAUGGCAAAGGGAGAAGGAUUGGAAGCAAAAUUGGAUACGCUCCAAAGCAAACUGGAGGCGAUGCACGCAGACAUCAAGAAGCUUGGUAACAGCACUGUGUCGUUCGACACCGCCGGCCCCUCCGCCUCCCGUCCCGCCAGCCUGCACGCUACACUGAGCGGCAGUUUGGCGGGACAGGUUUCAGCGAUUCCUAUCGGCCGCGGUUCCCGCCUCAAUGUGGCCAGUCCUCUUGCCGAAACAACUACGCCUAACGGCCUGAGUGCCUCGUUUCUUCCUGUGAUUGUGGGAAACGGAACACCAGUACGUGCUACUUUACCUGAAGCUGAAACUUCAGAGCCUCAAAAUUCACUGAAUAACCGACGGAAAGCAGAGGCAACGCGACAGAAGAUGCAGGAAUUUGUGAAGCCAAUGCGGCUUUCACCCGAUACUCGCGAAAUUCAGGCAUUACGUAACGUUCCGUGUGCAUGGUUACUCAGUAUUGCACUUUCUUGCAGCUACGUUUCUGGCGAACAAAUCACCAUUGAGGAUAUUCUUCGGCACAAUCGUCUUGGUUUGCACUACGUUUCUUUCCCUUCCGUGACGCUCGCAGAACUUUUUGAUAUAACAAGCGAAUUUUUGUCGAGUCACACCAAGUUGCGGCAGAUGGGUGUGCACUGCGAAGUGGCGAACUUUGACACAGAGACGGUGGAUGAAGUGGGAGAUGUGAUGGGGAUGGGGGAGCGGUUGCCCAUAAUGACGCUCUCACAGUUUCGAAAGGAAUUGUCGAACAGUGACGGCCAUUCAAUUUAUAUUGUGAACUACGAUCCAUAUACUGUUGAGCAACACGAACUACGCAUGCAGUUGAAUUACAUGGAGACCUACGAGCAGGAUGCACCCGCUGAGGUGAGUGCACCGCAGUGGACACCUAAAAAUCAGGGUGCCUUUGCGUUGAUUCUCAGUUUCAAUUCGGCACUGCAUUUGGUGAGCUUUGGCGUACCUUGCCUGCUUGAGGAUGGUCGCAUUAGAAUCCAGGAGCACACUGUCCCUAUACAAAUAAUUUACAGAGCUCUAUGCGUGAAAGACGGUUACUGUAAUCGUUCCCGUGGCUUUGUUCGUGUGUUCAUAAGUGAUCAGUUUAUUGAGAAUGUGCCUUCUAUAUUCCCACUAAAUGUGCUAGACGGUUCCAUCUCAGGUGGCCCUCUGACGACUGCGCUCGACACUUCCAUUGCCCCCCACAUCCUCGGGCUAUCGCUGAUGCAUCAUCUUGUGACAAGUACCCUUCUUGACAAGGCGACACAACGACGCCAGAGUAUCAAUGAUCCCUGUGAUGCAAAUCUGCGUGGUAUUCCUGUUACAAAGUUAUGCCAGCAGCUUGGCCUUGGUAUCGCGACAAUUGUUGGUGGAAGUAAUAAGGUCUCUGUAUCCGUGGCGUUCAGUUGGUACCGCAUCUUUCUGAGAGGUUUGGGCAUCGAAGAUGCAGUUGCGUUGGGUGUUGUACUGGUGACCCGGCGCAGUGGAGCGGAGGACGGUCCCGUGAAUAUCACCGAUGAUGUUUUUCUGCAGCACUUGGAACUUGCGAUGGAGACAAAGAGCGUUAUACUCAUAGGGUUUGAUGUUAACAUCGCGCUUAAUGUUAAGGUGGAUAACAGGGCAGAGCCGUGUCACUUCGCAAUAGUCAUUGGUCUGGAUCAGGAACGUGGCAUUGUGCGGCUGGUCGACGUAAACGUGAAGAAAUACCGCAAAACAUGGCAUGUACCAGUGACACGUCUCUACUCAGCAGUGAUUGGAUACGGUUACAUAAUGGCCGCCAAGUCACAGAAGAUCAUUGGUAGGCUUGAUGCUAAGGCGUACGAGGAAUCUAUACUAUCUGAAGCACGCUACUCUCUCCCGCCUACGCAACGACUGCUGCGCUUUGAAUACCCUAAGAAGAAUUAUGUCGUUACGGUCCUUGCUGACGCUUUUGAUCGUCUCGGAUUCAGCGGAGAUGUGGAGAACGUCAUGAACUUUAGUGGCUUCCAUCUCUCCUUUAUGCUUUCGGAACACUUGCCUCUUGAGAACGCUGCAACUGUGGCUCGAAACUAUUCCCACAACUAUGCAAAAGAUCGUGUCAGUGUGCUUACGAACCACAUGGAAAGGGGCACUGUGUACUCUACUACACAAGGCUUCCUCAGUCUGAUCCGUUAUGCCCUGGAGAAACCCAGGGAGCGUUGCUUGAUAUUUAACUUUCAGGCAUCAAUGAUACACGCAAACAAGGCAGUUUGGAAUGGUGGCAAUGGCGGCUCUUAUGCCAUUCUCCUUGGCUUCGAUGAAACCAACUCUAUUGUAACACUUAGUGACGCGAACCAUGAAUCAUUUUAUCGAACCUGGGUAUGCCCAUUUGAUGUGCUUCUCGGCGCCGUAUCUGCCAUGGACUCCAUUGCUUUGCGUUCCCGCGGGACCCUUCUACUAACUACCGUCUCUCAGCAUGAUUUGUACGUUGAUUGCUAUGACUAUGAAAUGAGCCACGCUCUGGUGCACCAUCCCUUUAAACCGAGUGUCUGGCCUGCGUCCCACUGCUUGGCUCUUAUAGCAUCCGAGAUGGGAAGUGUGUUAUCGGCACCUAAUCGCGCUGUGCGAUACUCUGCUGAAGACUUUCUGUAUAAUAUGCCAGAUUUCUCUGUGCACAAGGUUCUUACAGGGUCGUUGGAGAGUGAGCAUAUCGCUGCCAUCGCAAAUACGACGUUUAAGCAGCUACAAAUCGCUCUUGAGGCUACUGUCGUCGAUCAUACUGCUGAAGGGUCAUUUUUGGCGGCGUGCCACGACGAGGUGGUGAAUGGAAUGCCCGUGACAAUGACUCUCUUGGGAUACGACGCGCAGCUGGUACACGGCGUAGCGGGGUUCUCUGUUGGUGUUAUUAAUCGUGUGCGCAACAAGCAGAGAGGAGGAACGGUCCAGCUAGUGGAGGGGAAUGGCUGCACAUUCGGUUCCAUCUGGGAACGUCCAGCCACCGAACUCCAACAUGCUGUGAGAGCAAUGGUGCGGAUUAAGCGGGCUGCAAAGAGAAACGAUAACUCUUGA